AUGUCUAUUACUUCUUACAUAUUAUGGAAUAAUCAACAAAGAAUCAUACCCAGCUUAUCAAGAGAGAACGCUGCCUUUGUUAUAUUAGCUAGAAAUGAAGAUCUCGAAUCUCUUCGAGAGACAAUGCAGAUGCUUGAGGAUAGAUUCAACAGCAAAUAUCAUUAUCCUUAUAUAUUCUUAAACGACCAACCUUUUACCGAUAAGUUUAAAGAAUACACAACCGGUUUAGCAUCAGGCAAGACUCGCUAUGGACAACUCAGUCCAGAAAUGUGGCAGUAUCCUGAGUGGAUUGAUCAAGAAAAGGCAAGGCUUGGAAGAGAAAAGAUGGAAACUGAAGGCGUUAUCUAUGGAGGAUCAGAGUCAUAUAGGCACAUGUGCAGAUUUCAAAGUGGAUUCUUCUUUAGACAUCCUUUAUUGAAGGAGUAUGACUAUUACUGGAGAGUAGAGCCUCAUGUUAAGUUUAUGUGUGAUAUUGAUUAUGAUCCAUUCCGAGUGAUGAGAGAAAAGGAAUUGAAAUAUGGAUUUGCGAUUUCUCUUACAGAAUACGCUAGCACAGUGCCUACACUUUGGGAUACAGUCAAAGGAUUUAUGAAUCAAUAUCCACAGCAUAUUAUUCCAGCCAAUAGCUCUGAUAGUCUAAUGAAAUGGGUGACAAACGAUGAUGGAGAAACAUACAACAUGUGUCAUUUCUGGAGUAAUUUUGAGAUAGCAUCUUUAGCUUGGCUUAGAUCACAAGCUUAUUUAGACUAUUUCAAUUAUCUUGACAAGGCAGGAGGAUUCUUUUAUGAAAGAUGGGGAGAUGCUCCCGUUCACUCGAUUGCUGCUGCUUUAAUGCUGAAAAAGUCUGAAGUUCACUUUUUUUACGAUAUGGGAUAUUGGCAUAAUCCAUUCAAACACUGUCCAAGUGAGCCUGGUUGGUUAGCUGCUGAAAAAUGCCAUUGUGACCCCACAGGCAGUAUUGAUAAAGAUGGAUGGAGCUGCACAUCACAGUUCUUACAAAUCGUUGGUAAAAAGAGUACUGAUUUUGUUAUUACGAAAAGAUAUUAG